AUGCGGCGUUACAGUUUAGUUUUCAUAUGCGGCUGUUGUUUUCUAGUCAUAAUAACUUCACUGACCAUCGUCUAUAAAACAAAAAGGAUUAUUUUACGAAGAAAUCAUUUUUGGCAAGACAACGAAAUAGCCGCCAUUGCUGACACAAAUAAUGGGAACAAUAACGACAUCGUCAGUAAUUCCAACAACGAUAACGAUAGCGACAAUGACAACGACGACGAUGACAAUAACAAUUACAAUGUAAGAAAUUUAGCAUAUGACCUGCAAUCUUUAGCAACCGGUCUAUUUCUUACAACAACAACAACAGCCAGCAAUGAAACAUUACAAAAACAACAUAACUGGCACGAAUCGCUGUACAAUGUGAAGCGACGCAGAAAACGUGAAGUAAUCGAAAUUGAUAAAAUGGGCAAUCGUGUUUACAAUGUCGGCGUACUGAUGGCAUCUCAUUUGGAUUCACCUUUUGACUUGGAACGUUGCGGUCCGGCAGUGGAUUUAGCUUUGGAUGUCAUUAAUAAAGAAUUUCUACAUCCACAUAAUAUUACCUUACGGAAAGUUCAAGCCAGUUAUCCUUCCUGUUCGGGUGCCAAAGCUCCUGGCCUGGCAGCUGAUAUGCAUUUUAAAGAGGAUGUUAUUGCUUUUAUAGGACCAGCAUGUGCGUUUGCUUUGGAACCUGUUGCUCGGCUGGCUGCCUAUUGGAAUUCACCCAUUAUAACGGGUAUGGGAGAUCAGCCCCCCUCCGAAGGAGAAUUGACUGUAACAUCUGGUAUUUUGGGCAGAAUACACAAGUGGAAAAAUGAAAGUACGGGCAUGUUUAAGGAUAAAACCAAAUAUCCAACCUUAACACGCAUGUCCUAUUGCCAGUGUCGUUUAAAAUUAGUGUUUGCCAGUGUAUUUCGUCAGUUUAAUUGGAAACAUGUUGCUCUGAUAGUAGAUCGUUCUGAUUUAUUCUCCCUAACGGUGGGUAAGAAUCUGGAGUACGGUUUGCGGCAGGAGGGAUUAUUGAGUUUUGUACGUGAAUUGAAUGGCAAUGAACAGGAACCAUAUGAACUGUAUUUGAGAGAUGCCAGCAUGUAUGCAAGAGUUGUAAUUUUGUCGGUGCGUGGAACUUUAGUAAGGAAAUUUAUGUUGGCUGCUUAUUCCUUGGGCAUGACUAAUGGCGAUUGGGUAUUUUUGGAUGUGGAAAUAUUUCAGAGUUCAUAUUGGGGAGAUCAUGACUGGGAAAUGGGUGAUUUAGAUGAUGGACGAGCUCGUAAAGCUUACGAAGCUUUAUUGCGUGUUUCGCUAUUGCAACCGUCCAGUCCACAAUAUCAAGGAUUUUCGGAAAAUGUUAGAGAAAUGGCAAUGACGAAUUAUAAUUAUACGUUUAGUGAUGGCGAAGAGGUUAAUUUCUUUAUUGGCGCUUUCUAUGAUGGUGUUUAUCUGCUGGGUAUGGCCCUUAAUGAGACUCUGAGCGAGGGUGAGGAUAUACGUGAUGGCAUGGCCAUAACACGACGCAUGUGGAAUCGAGAUUUUCUUGGCAUAACGGGUCAUGUUCGCAUCGAUGAUAAUGGUGAUCGUGAUGCUGAUUAUUCGAUAUUGGACUUAGAUCCUAUAAAUGGCAAAUUUGCGGUAGUGGCACAUUACUAUGGUCUACACAGAAAUUAUUCUGCUGUCAAUGGCAAAAAGAUACACUGGCCUGGUGGUCGUGAAGGACCCCCGCCUGAUAUACCAAAAUGCGGCUUUUUGGGUAAUUCUCCUGAAUGUCAUGGGAACGAGUUAAUAAUAAUGUACGCCAUGUUUGCUUUUGCGAUAUUUUUGGGUUUCACUUUUCUGGUCGUUUAUUUAAUGUGCAAGCAAAUGAAAUUGAACAAUGAGCUGAAUAACAUGUCCUGGAGAGUGCGACCAGACGAUGUUUUACUAGAAGUAGGACGCUUGUAUGGCAGUAAAAUUGGUUUGCAGAAAUUAAACGCAGAGAACUUUUCCCUGCAACAAUAUGGCAUUCACUCGGGUAGAGCCUCCAUAGCCAGCUGCACAUCUCUGCCCUUAACGCAAGUCUUCACAACAAUUGGAAUUUUUAAAGGAGAACGUGUAGCCAUUAAAAAAAUUCACAAGAAAAAAGUGGAUAUCACAUCGACCCUGCUGUGGGAAAUCAAACAGGCUCGUGAUGUUAGUCACGAAAAUACGGUUCGAUUUGUGGGAUCCUGCAUUGAUCUGCCCCGUCCCACCGUGCUCAUUUUAACCGAAUACUGUCCAAAGGGUAGUUUAAAGGAUGUGCUUGAAAAUGAUGCCAUACAAUUGGAUUGGAAUUUUCGUAUGUCCCUGAUACAUGACAUCGUCAAGGGUAUGGCGUAUUUGCACAACAGUGAUGUACAGGUCCAUGGCAAACUGCGUUCGUGCAAUUGUUUAAUAGAUGGCCGCUUUGUUUUGAAGAUAUCGGAUUUUGGUUUGAGAACCUUGACCACACCAUCGGAGUUUGUAAAGGAUUUGAAUUAUUUCAAUAAAUUUCUAUGGAUUGCUCCGGAGUUAUUGCCUUUGACUGUUUUUCCGGGAAAUCCUGCAACACAAAAAGGGGAUGUCUAUUCGUUUGCUAUUAUUUUGGAGGAAAUCGUUGUACGAGGUGGUCCCUAUGAAACCGCACGACAAUUUAUGGAUGUACAAACCAUAUUGAAUCGUGUAGAGUCUCACGAAUGUCCACCAUUUCGUCCAUUUGUGGGUCAACGAGAUUGUCCUCCUGAUGUUCUGGAUUUAAUGGACAAAUGUUGGGCCGAUAAUCCAGAUGAUAGACCAGCAUUUGCUGCCAUACGUUCCACAGUCAGGCUUAUAAUGAAAGGCUUCUGUGAAAAUCUUAUGGAUGACCUGCUGCGACGUAUGGAACAGUAUGCCAACAAUUUGGAAAGUCUUGUCGAAGAGAAAACCGAACAGCUGAGUAUUGAAAAGAAACGCACUGAAGAGUUACUGUAUCAGGUAUUGCCACGACCCGUAGCCACUCAAUUGCUGGCCGGUGAAAUGGUUCAACCGGAGCAAUUCGAAUGUGUAACCAUUUAUUUCAGUGACAUUGUUGGCUUUACGGCACUCUGUGCCCAAAGUGGUCCCAUGGAAGUGGUGGACUUUCUCAAUGAUCUCUACAGUACAUUUGAUCGCAUCAUUGGCUUCUAUGAUGUCUAUAAAGUGGAAACUAUAGGUGAUGCCUAUAUGGUGGUAUCUGGUUUACCAGAGCGCAAUGCCGAUAAUCAUGCCCGAGAAAUUGGCCUAAUGGCCUUGGCCAUUUUGGAUGCUGUCAAAAGUUUCAGUAUUAAACACAAGCCAGAGUAUCAAUUGAAAAUAAGAAUAGGCAUACACUCGGGACCGGUGUGUGCCGGAGUGGUGGGACAAAAAAUGCCACACUAUUGUUUAUUUGGCGAUACUGUUAAUACAGCUUCGCGCAUGGAAUCUACGGGAAUGCCUUUGAGGAUCCAUGUGUCAUCCGCCACAAAAGUGAUUUUCGAUAAAUUCGGCACUUUUGAAAUGGAGUUGCGAGGUGAGGUGGAAUUGAAGGGUAAAGGUACUGUGACUACCUACUGGUUGGUGAGUUGUACAGAAGUAGAUCCUCGACCACCUACGCCGCAUAAGACCAACAAUGAUGAUGUUCCAUUUCCCAUAUUAUUUCCAGCCAUUGGCAAGUAAAUGUAUACAAUA